AGUUAAUCCCCAGAUGGACACUUUCAAUGAAUCAUUUUCAGUAAAAGCUGGCUGAAAAUCGAGAGCCGGCAGAUAUCAUUUUAGCUGAACAACCACCACAAAACUAACCAAGUUAUUUCAUGCAGUUUAAGGAAGGUAGCUAAUUCUAUGAAUGCUUGCGAAACGACGACUUUGUGCAUUUAGCUCCAACGCUGACCGUUCACCGGCUAGAUGGUCGCUAACGUUGCAUUUAUUUAGUGAACUAGCCUGUCGGGAGUUGUGUGUAGAAGGCAGCAGUUGCAGAAAGCAAGUGGUCACCACGCCACGUCCAUGGGCGAGCAAAAUAAAUCAAUAUGAGUUUCGGCUUUGUUAAUGCAGUAAAUUUGGCAGACUCCAGCUAGUUAGCGAUGUGAACAAUACAUAUAGCUACAUGAUUUCAUUGACAUAAAUCCUUGGAAAUAUUAAAAAUUGAUGCAAAGAAUUGAAUGAUUGGAGUCAACCAGUCGCAACGUAAACAAGUUCACGGGCUGCUGCGAAGGAGAUGAACAGGCUGUGGAGGCGCGAUGUCCCCCUGUCGGAGCGGCUGGGGAGUGCCUCUCCUGUGGGAGUCGUUUCAGGACCCCCGGUCACUGUGGCCCCCCUGGCCCCAGCAGGGCCCAACAUCUCCUGGCUCCCGGAGGCCCCCCAGGAGACCCCCGAGCCGCCCAUCUUCCUCAUGACCACCACCGCGCAGGCUGUGUCCGGGUUCUUCGUGUGGACCGCCCUGCUGCUCACCUGCCACCAGAUCUACAUGCACCUGCGGUUCUACAGUGCCCCAAACGAGCAGAGGCACAUCGUGAGGAUCCUGUUCAUCGUGCCCAUCUACGCCUUCGACUCCUGGCUCAGCCUGCUGUUCUUUACCAACGAAGAGUACUACGUGUACUUCGACACGGUGCGCGACUGCUAUGAGGCGUUUGUGAUCUACAACUUCCUGAGCCUGUGCUAUGAGUACCUGGGAGGGGAGAGCUCCAUCAUGUCCGAGAUCAGAGGGAAGCCCAUCGAGUCCAGCUGUGUGUACGGGACAUGUUGUCUCUGGGGAAAGACCUACUCCAUCGGCUUCCUCCGUUUCUGUAAACAGGCCACCCUGCAGUUCUGCGUGGUAAAGCCCCUGAUGGCCAUGAUCACAGUCAUCCUGCAGGCGUUUGGGAAGUACCGAGACGGAGACUUCAACGUGGCCAGCGGUUAUCUGUACGUCACCAUCGUGUACAACAUCUCGGUCAGCCUCUCUCUCUACGCGCUCUUCCUCUUCUACUUCGCCACCCGCGAGCUGCUGGUGCCCUACAGCCCCGUGCUCAAGUUCUUCAUGGUCAAGUCCGUCAUCUUCCUCUCCUUCUGGCAAGGCAUGCUGUUGGCCAUCCUGGAGAAGUGCGGGGCCAUCCCCCAGAUCAACUCGGCCGAGUUUUCUGUGGGCGAGGGCACAGUGGCUGCUGGGUACCAGAACUUCAUCAUCUGCGUGGAGAUGUUCUUCGCCGCCCUGGCCCUCCGCCACGCCUUCACCUACAAGGUCUACAUGGACAAGAGGCUGGACUCCCAGGGGCCUGUUCCUACCUAUGGAGAGUACGGCCGCUGUGCCCCCAUGAAGAGCAUCUCCAGCAGCCUGAAGGAGACCAUGAACCCGGGGGACAUGGUGCAGGACGCCAUCCACAACUUCUCCCCCGCCUACCAGCAGUACACGCAGCAGUCCAGCCUGACCCGGAGCCACAGCGCCGCCAGUAACCACGACAACGAGAAGACCCUCCUGCUCAGCUCCGACGACGAGUUCUGAGCCGCGGCGACCCGACUCUGGAACUAGGACCCGAGAGGGUGACGGUGCAGGUGUUUCUGCGAAACGGCCGGAAUUAUCCUGCAUACGCACACGGACAUUUGCAUACACACAAAGUACACGAACACAUGCACUCAGUAGAGAGUUAAAGGCGUAUAGCGCAUUCAGACUCACAUGCACACAUGCUCAGUAGAGACGGGUAAACAUGCAAAUCAUUCACAGUCAUGCACGCAUGAAAAACAUGUGCACGUACACACCUACAGGCACACACACGCAGACACACACACACACACACACACACACACACACACAUACACUAGAGACAUUUACAGGUAUUACACAUUCCCAGGGUUUAUUUCCUGUGCGUACUCAUUCCCCGCUUUCUGUGGUCCUCACCACAUGGUUGCCAAACAGUAGAAUAUGGACUCCCCUGCCCCCCAUCAUAAAGUUUUUAUUAUUCUGGGAUUAAUUAGGGACAUGAGAUGGGGUGUCUGGGAGGGUCCUAGUUAUUUACUGAGAAUAGUUACAUACCGAAUUGAAAUUGUGUAAUAUUUUUGCCAUUGAUAUUUAACCAUAUAGGAGACUUUCCUUCUGUAUGAAGCCAGUUAAGUGAUGAUGUGUUCCAAGGUUUCCUUUGUAUUGUAGUGGGGGGGGGGGAUCUCUGUG